GGAUUAUCGUACACUGGCGUAUGAUCACAAGGGUGUUUCUCAAGGGUGGUGGUGUAUUUAACGAUGUGCAUGAAGUUACAUAAGCCCUGUACAUCCAUCUUAUUUCUUGGGUGUUGCAGUGCUACCAUCACACUCAAUGCGUGCACACGUUCGCGGACUGAGUAUGAAAAGCAACCCGUCCACAGAGGGGCUACACGUAACCGCGGGCAGGAAACUUAUCCCGAGGGCUGGUAGUCGUGGCACUUAUAAUGGGCCAAAUGUAAUGCAGCAAACGGUUCGGGACCCACGCCGCAAACGCAUGUGCGAAGAGGCUCCGCGUACGGUAGCAGCGGCUCCAGUUACAAAACAAUGUGGGGGAAAGGGCAUCCCAGGCGAAGCAUCCUAGGCCUGCGAGCUCAGAGCCAUCUCUACCGCGCAUGCGCGUGGAAGGAAUGGCGUGGGAGUAGCCUAAGCCGGAUGUUUUCAAGCGAUCUUUCGCUGGGAGCUCGCCCUCGAAUCUGAUUGGUUGCCCGGGUGAAGUGCACGUUGGUUCGAUGGGAGAAAGGGACCAAUAGGAAGUCAGAGGAAGGAGCCGCGAGGGCUGCCGGUAGCCGCCACCAUUUUGCUGUUGGGGGGCAAUGAAACCCGGCAGCCGCCGCCGGGACAACUCUGGAACAUCAGGCGGGGAGAUGUUGCGGCUGCGCUGUAAAGCCCGGAGCGGCUCCCAUCCGCUGCCCGGACUCACGGCGCACUCCCGCCUACGCGAGCUCCAGGCCGCGAUCGCUACCCUCACCGGGGUCCCCAUCCAGGCCCAGCGCCUGCUGCUCGGUUUCCCCCCGCUAGGCCUCGACCUCAGCGACGAGGAGCGGCGCCUCGGAGAGCUCGGCAUCCACUCUGGUGAUACUCUAAUAGUUGAAGAAGAUGCAGCCAAGCCCAAGACUGAGUCACCCAUAGUUACAAAACGGACUGUUCCUAAUUCAGUCAGGGAAGCACUCCCUGUGCUUGCUCGGAAGGUUGUUCCAGCAGAUAACUCAUGUCUCUUUACCAGUAUAUACUAUGUGGUAGAAGGUGGGGUUUAUGACCCAGGAUGUGCCCCAGAGAUGAGAAAUCUUAUAGCUCAGAUAGUAGGAAGUGAUCCAGAAUCUUAUAGUGAGGCAGUAUUAGGGAAAACUAACCAGGAAUACUGUGAAUGGAUCAGAAGAGAAGAUACAUGGGGAGGUGCAAUUGAGGUUUCCAUUUUGUCUAAAUUCUAUCAAUGUGAAAUUUGUGUAGUGGACACUCAGACAGUUAGGAUUGACCGUUUUGGGGAAGAUGCUGGCUAUGCCAAACGGGUUCUUUUAAUUUAUGAUGGUAUUCACUAUGAUCCACUUGAGCGUAAAGUUCCCAACUCGGAUAUUCCACCCCAGACAAUUUUUUCAGCAUCUGAUGACAUUGUCCUUGCACAGGCUUUGGAGUUAGCAGAUGAAGCCAGAAGAAAAAGACAGUUUACUGACGUAAACCGAUUUACAUUGAGAUGUAUGGUGUGUCAGAAAGGAUUAACAGGGCAAGUGGAAGCCAGAGAACAUGCCAAGGAGACUGGGCACACCAACUUUGGAGAAGUGUGAAUUUUCUGUGGGGUUGGUUAUAUCUACUACCUCACUAAACAAGAACAAGCCUCCAGGUUUUUAAAUAAGCUGUAUGUAAUCAAAUGAAUCUAUUAUAAGCUUGAAAGACCUAAAUUUAAUUAUGGCUGAUGCGCACAGGUUUGCUGUGGUUAGUUUGAGAAGUUUACAAGCGUAUAUGUGUGUCAUUUUUCCAACUGGCUUGGAGUGUUCUUUUGCAUGUCUAAGAGAACUAGAGACAACUAUUGAUACCAACUGCUCUUGAAAGAAUCUGAACAGCUGAUGCAGGAAUUCCUCUGUGACACAACUAGUUAUGCACUCACUACUGUAGCCAGCUAGGCUUGCAUAUAAGAUUUUAGAAUCACUGAUGGAAUAAAAAUGUCAGCUUGGUUACAGAGUUUUUGAUUAUACAAUCUACUGAAGAGUUUAAGUUGGUUUCCAUUCAAAUUUGGUAAGAUUACUUGUGUCUCUCAGCUUUGUUCAUGCAAAAUGUGUGUUUUUGUUUAACUAAAGGCAGAUCAGCUACACAGUUGCCUCUUCAAUAUAGUAAUCCCAAAGUUUGUUUAUUUCAAAUCACUGAACAAGCAUACCAUGUUUGCGUAAGUGAAGCUGUCAUGAUAAAGGGCUUCAGCUUGGAGGUUUAGUCUUCAGCUGUCUUAGAUAGUGAAAAGCUACCAAUAAGACCACAUUUCCUUAGUACUUAAUAUAUUGGUGCCCAUUAAUUACCAGUACAUUUUAAACUGUUGUUGGCUGCUUGGAGGCUUACGUGCAUUGAUGCCAUGUUCUUCAAAAUUACUGAAAUUCCAACAUUCCAAGCAAUACAAAUGAAUGCUUUUUUAAAACAACAGAUAAACCAUAUACUCAAGGUGCAUUUUUUGGGGGGGCAUAUUUCAUGCCCCCCUCCCAAAUUGCCACAUGUUUAUUUGGUUAAUGUGGAACCUUUUGGGCCAAAUUCCAAGCAAGUCUGCCUCUUCUCUGGUUUCUGAAUAUGGCAGUGCUGGAUUUCACUAACUGCUGAUUGUCUCCUCUUGAAACAUGUCCAAGAAAGAUGAACCUCAACCAUGUACCUGCUUUAUGAUGUUAACUGAGGGGUUAGCAUGUCUAUAUAAUCCUCUGUCAAUUGGGAAUGGUGCUUCUCACCAGGAAUGGCAGUUCUUGAUCUAUAUCCAGUACCACAAUUUCGUGACUUGCUAGUUAUACAUUUAUGGUUGCCAUUAUUAAUAUGACAGCAAGUACUCCUAUACUGUGAUCCAACUCUUAUUUUAUCACAUGAUUAAAUUCCACAGCCUUCUUGCUGCUGAGGCCUUUAAGUGGGUGACGUAUCACUGGUUAGUAUAAGCUAUUUUGUACAUGGGCUCUUGGCAUUGCGUCUUCAAACUGCUUCAGUACUUGGGUUGUAGCUGAUAUCUAAAUAAUUUUGCUUCUGUCUUCUUUAAUUAUGAAUAAUUAAUAGUUUGGUUUACAUGUAUAUUUUUUAAAUUUUUCGUAGAAACAAGGUCCUUUGUAGAUUGUGGAACACCCACAUUUACACCUGGGCUAAUUGAAUUUCAAUUAAGUUAGAACUUUUUUUUUUUAAGGCAAGGGUCUUUUUAAAGACAUUUUUUUAGAUCCAGUAGGUACACUACUUAGAACUACCGGUAAGAAUCUUAUUUUCCUGUAACUAAAGGACUGCAUAUUGAUAAAAGUCCCCCAACUCAUCCAUAGUUAAGUGGGAAAAUAAAUGGUUGGAAUGUGGAUAAAAUUAGUAGACAGAGUGUAGCAUGAGCCUUGGAGUUGCAAGGAGCCAGUGCUAGUAGCCUACUAUCGGCUUACAUUAUGCUGGGAUCAGCCAUAAAUGCCAGUUCCAGCACAGCAUAAAGUUGUCUGAGGUAAACCGGUUGAGGCUUAUUGCAUGACAGAGUCAGUGGCAUCAAUCCUGUUCAGAGUCUAUUUGAUUGGUAUUGGAGUGAGAUUGCAGCUGACAUGCACCACUGACGUGUUGCACUUAGGAUGCUGUCUGUGCUGUUGGUUUGGGGUGCUAGACCUUAACAUUAUGCUUUUACCUUUUGAAUGGUUCUUUACAUUCACUACAUAUGUUUUUUAGCCAUUUUGCAAUACUUCUACAUUAUUUCCGCUUGGAAGCAUUGAAGUUUUUUUGCUCAUCCAGUUAUAGGUGCUCAGAAUGGUUGAUGAAAACAGAUUUGUUCUGGCCAGGUGAAGUUAGUUGGAAGUUCCAUUUAUAGCAAUGGAAAAAGUUAGAAUGAAAUAAUUCCAUUAUUUUCAAUGAAGCUUGCACUACAGUCCUGUGCAUGGCUACUCAGAACGAAGUCUGACAGUGUCUAGUGGGGCUUUACUCACAGAAAAAUGCAUAGGAUUGCUCAUAACUAACUAGCUGGGUCAGGCUAGUGGAGAUACUACGUAGAAUUGUCCUGUAAUAUUUUGACAGAAGCCUUAAUUGGACAAACCAAGUAGGGCUAUGUUUCAGGAAGACACUUCCAAUUUCUCCUUGGCUGAAGGAGGCAAAGGUGUAAAUACAGUCAUACCUCGGAAGUUGAACAGAAUCCAUUCUGGAAGUCUGUUCGACUUCCAAAACAUUUGACUUCCAAAGCACGGCUUCUGAUUGGCUGCAGGAAGCUCCUGCAGCCAAUCGGAAGCCGUGGAAGCCCUGUUGGACAUUUGGCUUCCAAAAGAACGUUCAAAAACCGGAACACUCACUUCUGGUUUUCGAUUGUUCAGGAGCCAGAACAUUCGACUCCAAGGUGUUCGGGAGCCGAGGUACAACUGUAAUUCCAAUUAAUGUGUUUUAGGCUUUGCUUGAUUGUGUCUUAAGUAGUGCAUAUGAAGAGUGAAGCCAAUGAAACAGAUGGAUUUUGAAUAAGUAAUAUUGGUACUGAUGUUAACUUUCAAGUCACACUGACUAAGAGUGCAGCACACACAUACCUAGGAGUGAGUCCAAUUGAACUCAUGGGUUUUACUUCUGAGUAGAUAUGCCUAGCAUUGCACUGUGAAACUGAUUUAAUUUUUUAAAAUACUUCUGUUUUAAGUCUCUUCCAGUAACUUUUUACAAGGUCUAAAACAGGCAUCCCCAAACUGCGGCCCUCCAGAUGUUUUGGCCUACAACUCCCAUGAUCCCUAGCUAACAGGACCAGUGGUCAGGGAAGAUGGGAAUUGUAGUCCAAAACAUCUGGAGAGCCGAAGUUUGGGGAUGCCUGGUCUAAAAUGUGUGGAAGAAUAGAGGAAAUAAAUAUGUGACACAUUUUACACAAAAUACUUGUGCCGGCCUAACACCAGGCCUAAAGCCAUGUACUUGGAAGAAGUUUGCAUUAAAAUCAGUAGGACCUCCAAUUGACUGUAUUUGAAAUAAGAUACAAAAGCUGUGAUCUGACAGUAUUGAUUUGAGUGAAAUACACUUGAAUCCCUGUGGUCCUUUAGCUCAGAGUAAAUUUAUAUACCCGUAUUUGUUCACUUAAAGGCUCAUCCACACUUCUGAUUGCCCCACUGUUUUACCCAAGGAAAACCUGCUGUUUACUGCUGAAUUGAAGCAAACAUCAGUCAGGUUUUCUGUGGAUUAAGGUUUGCUCCAACUUAGCACUAAAGAGCGGGUUUGGGGGGGGGGAAGUGGGGUGGGACAAAGGCAGAACCUCUUGAAGUGAGCCCUGACUGUCUCAGAUUGUUGGCAGACUAUUACUUUGUCCUCAGUUUGCCUGGUUGAGAAAUGAGCAAUGUUCACAACAGUGGUGUGAAGCUGGCCUAUUUGCAUGGACAAAGAUUCCCUAGGUCAUCUGUUUUGUAUAUCUUUUCCUAGUAAAUGUUAAUUUUGGAAGUCUAUCUCAAGCUACAGUUUUAUGUUUUUGCUGUGGUUUUUCAGGAGGCAACACUUGAUAAAGGGUUAUAUUGAACUAGUAGACUUUAACCCUCCUACAGCCUUUAAAAAAGUGAAAACAAGUGCAAAAGUGUUCUUUUGUCUCCCUGAAUUUUACCAUCAGUAUUAUGUAUGCACAUUAUGUUUUAAUUCUUUUUGAUAAAAUGUUUUCGAAUAUAGAUCAGGUGGAUUUUGCUGAAACUAGGAGCAGUGUACCUUCAAAGGACCAUAAAAGUUUGAUGCAUACGAAGAGCAAAAUGUUUGAAAUUAUACAAACUGCCUUGAAACAGACCUUUUAAACUGAAAGCCUGUUAAAUCUAGCUGGCUGUUUUAAUCUGAAAGCUCUCAAGUUCAGCACAAAGUUGAUGGUUAUCUCCUGUUUCUCUUUAACAUCUGGUUAUCAGAAUCAUGCUGCCUCUGAACAUGCAGGUGCCAUUUGACUUUGACCAAAUAGCCAUUGAUAAACCAAGCCAUUUAAGCUAGCAGCCCUUACCAUAUGCUUUAGUGGUAAAUUCCAGUGGUUGUCUGUUAAGGUUUUUUGUGCUGAAUCAAUCACAAAUCAGCAAUGGAUGACACUGAGUGCUAUUAUUAUGAAAUGAGUGGGGGGAAAUACCCUCCCAGCUUCCCCCAUGCUUUGUAAUCUCAUAAAUCGCUCAUGUUUCCCUUUGCCUCUUCUAGACUAGUCUUAAACACUUAAGAUUUUCCUAGUAGGGAUGAUACUCCCAUUCCUCCAAGCGCCAAUCAAAUAGGACAUAAACCUUCCUGCAGGAAAUACUGGCACAUGUUCUUCUGUCAGGAUGUCCCAUUGCCUUCAGAACUACUUUGCACAGAAAACUCAAGUAUGCUGGUAAAUCCAGGGCCUAGGUCACAGCCUAGAACACAUUUAAAAAAAUAAAAACUGUAUCAAAUAGUCAGUGUUCCCUGUUCCUUUGUGAUGUUCUUUGAUAUUUUUUUAUUACACCAUUGUUUUUAGAAGCUAGUGUCUGCAUGCCUCUUAUAGAUACAGAAAUAUCAAUUAAUGCAUAGGACUUCCAUGUCCUCUGAAAGAAGUCAAUAUGAAAUGUUUUUCUAAAAAUUAUUGGUUGAAAGCAUCAUUACUGAACACAUUCAAUCUUUGGUGGAAAAGAAUACAUGAUUGGAAUGUCUAAAAAUGACUAUUUUGAUUCAUACACUUGGACAAUAGAAAGACAAGUCUCUUCCAGUAGCUUUCUUAUUUAGUGUUACGAUAUAAUAUAUCCUUUUAUAAUAGGGAAAAUUGUUUUUCCUACUGUCGUCUUCAGUCUGGAAUGAUGAACAGAUGCAUCUACUCCUAGUCUCUGUUCAGUGCCAGCUUCUAUGUACUGCAACAUACAACUGCCAUAUUAAUGUUCUGAGUGCUAUCAUUAACCUUGAACACUUCAGUAAAUGUUGAAAACUGGGUGUGGUAUAAAUAUUGAAUGUCUAAAUGUUAAUGAAACACAAACCUGUAAUGUUACUUGACUGGAUUAUAUGUUGAAGCUCUGUUCUGAGACUUGCAGAUCUGGCAGCUAUCACCAGCACUAACUUCUAUAAGGAUGAAGGAACUUCACUUACUCUUAAGCAUGUGGCCUUUCGCACACUCUUAUAUGAGAUGACUGUCUCAACUAACAGCACUUUAAAAGCUUGUCAAUCAAAGUUUACAAGUUUAGUGUUUUUGCCUAGGAAUUAAGUGGUGCAGAAAGUGCAUUAUUAAUUAUUUUUCUGAUAAACCUACAUACAACAUUUAAAAACUCCUGGUAACUAUUUCCCAAUGGCGCUGCAUCUUGCUGUUUCAUACCAUUAAAGUAUGUUCUGUUGAACAUGUGCCCUUGAGUUUAAAGUCAUAGCAGCAAUAAACUGUAAUAUUUAUGCAUGCAUAUUCAACAUUGUGAUCACUUGUGCUUCUUUCUGCUUUUUAUCUUUAAUAAACAUUGGUAUUUGAACAUGUGCAUAGAGUACAAGGACUACUGCAAACUCUACUGAAAAUGUGACUCGUGCCUCUUCUACCAAAAAAAUACUAUUAUUUAAAUUUGUAUACCCCCCCUUCAUCUGUAGAUCUCCGGGCAGUUCACAGCAUAAAAAGACAAGAUAAAAACACAAAGUACAUAAUAAAAACCAAACCAA